GCAGAGAAAUAAACAGAAUCGGGCGCUGGAAGUGAAGAUAUUCCUCCCUCAGUUCCUCACCCUCACUAUCUGUGCAUCUUCAUCCAGCUCUUUCUUUCAUGGAGAGGAAUUAUCCCGCUUCGGGCUUCGGAGAUCUGGGGACUGGGACGGGAUGGAGUUACGCGAGAUCGGCCAAAGCAAGCCUCGUGUAUGGGAGCCGCUCAUACCACCCAGAGUCAGAACUACUCCACCGGCAAACCUAUGGCACUCCACACCCACUUCAAUGCUAUGCAGGAAGUCAUCACCCAGGGAGCUCAAGGCAGGGUGGAACUUGGGGUGGAUGCACACUAGAUCUGUCAGGGCUGUUUGAGUCCAGUCUCCAUCAUGCCAGCCCCUCAGGUGCCGACCCCUCUGUCAUGAAUCUGAUUUCAGCUCUGGAUUCACGGCCUCCACAGCCCUCACCCUCUGCUUCCUCCCUCCUUUCUCAGUUCCGCACAUCCUCUUGGCAGACUGCCAUGCAUACACCGGCCCCAACGGACCUCUUUAUUUCAGGGGCACUUCCAGGUUCAAGCUCCUUUCACUCCUCCUCAGCUCUUUCUGCAUACCAGAAUCCUAGCAUUUUUUCUGGACGAUCAUUCACUCCCUCAUUAUCCCUGCAGGAUACAACUACAUUUAGCCAAACUUCUAACGGCUUGAUAUCCCCACAUGAUCCCUUGGUACACAUUAAAAGAUCCUCUCAAUCCAGCUUGGGCUUUGAUCACUUGCUGUCUUCCCAGAGCACUGCCUUCAAGGGCUCCCAGGAAUCUGCAACUCCCCAGACCCAAGACCCUUCCACUUCCUCCAAUUGCCACCUGUCCCCUCCCCAAUUUAAUCUGUUGCCCUCUCAGCUUCAUAACUCAUCCUCUCAACCAUAUAAUGCCUCGAUGUUGUCGUCGACGGCAGCCCUGCCACCUGCAAUUCUUCCUGAGCCUCAGCCACUUCAACAGACAGCAAUUUCCCGCCACAAUAGUGUGAUCAAACAUUACCCUCUCUCAUCUUCAGCCUACACCACAACCCUACAAUCACAAUCCUAUGCCAGCUCUGGUGGUUCAUCUGGCUACCACCAGCUAGUCAGCCAUUAUCAGCAUGCUGGUGUGUCCUACAGUCCACUGGGGGAACGGAGCCUGUCCUCUGACCCCAAGACCUCACCAAGGAUGGAAUCCCAGAUAUAUCAACCUGUCAUCCAAACAGCUUAUACCUCAUCAUUAUCCACCUCCUCAACUCCCUCCUCAUCUACAGCUACUACUAAAGGUGCCAAAAGUUCCUGCUCCACAAGUAACUAUUCGUCUUCUUCCUGUACCCCACAAACUCCACCAUCAACCUCCUCCACCUCCUCUUCAUCCUCUUCUAGCUCAAAGACCAGUACUAUUUCUCUGUCUGCUCCCUCUCUUCAGCAACCCACACCUCAGUCAGCACUAGUACCACCUCUUCUCCCAGUGGUGUCAUCAUCCCUUGUACAACAAGCAGCAGCCAAUCAAUGUCUGUCCACCUAUGGCUCUCAAUCUGUAACCAAACCUAGCACAAGCUUGCCAAACCACACCCCUCCCCAGCAACAUAUUCAGUCUUAUUCCCUCAACCUGCCACCAUCUACACACAUGACUGUACAUUAUGAUGGCUUCAACUCACCCCAUGUCCGGGACUUGAGCACUGGAGCAAGGAGCAGUGGGGGGAAAGACUUCAUGGGUGUAGGCUCUGGUGAACGCUCCUUCUCUGCAGAGAUAAUCAUUCAAGACUCAAGUUUUGUCUCAACAUCUCUCAGAAAACCACAAAGUCCAUCCAUAGACUAUGGGAGUGGAUCAGCCGGGAGUGGACCUGGGAUUCACAGUGUAUUAGGCUCUGCGGGAACUGGGAACGGGGCUGCUGGUAAUGAAGGCAGUAAUGCAUAUCACCUGACUGAGUCUAGUACAUCACCCUCAACCAAUUCUACGAUCAGUUAUUCAGGAUUGCACUCUCCUGUAGCUGCCCGACCUGUACAGUCCCCUGGAGGCUCAGGGGCAAAUAAAUACUUGUCUUCGAUCCCAGCUCCUACUUUUAUGUCCUCACCACAAGGUUUCCCUGAUAAGCGACAAGCUCGGAACCAGUUGUACCACUCAUCACCCCCGAACACCAAAACAGAGGCCACAAACAUGCUGGGAGCUGAGGAAUCCCAAGAUGAAGGAGACAGUGAAGAUUUCCUUAUCCAUCACUUACUACAUCCACAAAGCUCAAACCCCCAUUUUUCCCAACAUCACCCACAUUCUGAGCAACUGUCUCAACCAAUCCUUCAUGGGGAAAGCAAGGGAACGACAUAUGAUCUUAACAAGAUAUCAGAAGAGCGCUACCAGCUUCAGAGUGUCAUUCGUACCAAUAACAUUACCAGCAAUUCUGGUCUUGGAAUGGCAAUUAAUGACACAGUGAGCUUAGACAGACCAUUAGAAAUAUCACAGAAGAAACAACAGGCCAGGUCAGACUCGAUCAUAUCAAAGUCAAAUGCUUCAGGGGUGCGAAGAAUAUCUGAUUCUCAUUCUCAUGCUAUCCACUCGCAUCAUCAGCAAAAUGAGUUAAUGGGUUCUGCGGUCUAUUAUGGAAGAGGUGAUCCCUACAUACAGCACCCAAACUCCCAGCAUCAUCAUAGCACUUCACAUGUGUCCACACACUCUCAGCACUACACUCAACACUCUCGAAUCUCCCAGCACUUUCUGCUCACUCAACAUACACAUCACUCUCAGCAUUCUCAGCAUAUUCAUCGCAAUUCCCUCCCACAAAGUCACUCUCUUAUAGAGAUUAAGAAGCCUUCAGAUGCAAAUGACAAUGCAUACUACCCACCAGAUGUACAGCAAACUCGACAAAGUCAUGUCUCUGUCUCUCUGAUGAAUACAUCACCAGACCAUCCCAAGCAAACUCACAUGUUACAGUCUGUCCCUUCUCACACUAUCCAAAACAAGCUGGAUUCCCAACAAGCCCCACAGCAGCAACAGAAGCACCAGCAGCAGCAGCAGCAGCAACACCAGCAAGCUAUGAUGGGUUCAGUUAGAAGAGCGGGGUCUGCUGGGUUGGAAUCCCAUGUACAGAACCGGUCCUCACAGAUGCAACUUCAGCUCCAAACCCAGAGGCUAGAUACCCACUACAGUGGAAGCCAUCCAACAUAUCAAACAGGAGCCAGUCAGAGUUCAUUAUCUCCACUACAGAUGCUAGAUCAAUCGCUUUCUCAGGCCAAUGGUACAGAUAGUGGACGAUCUCUGGACAGAAGUGGAGCUGAUAUGAAUAGUCACUUCCUUUCUGAACAAGAUUUGGACUUAUACACCCCUUCACACUUGAGCCAUCUCAACCAACCUCAGACCCACCCCCACACCCAUGCUCUGCAACACACUCAGCACACUCAUCAUCAACUGUCUGUUACCACUCAGAUAACUAAUUCACACUUGCAACAGAUGACAAUACAUUUAGCAACACCUCAACAACAGCAAUCCCAGGCCACAGAUCCUCAAACACAACUCUCACAUUCACAGUUAGAGCAGCUCAAACAGCAUCAAUUUGAGACAGUAAGCCAGACAGAUAAAGUAGGACAGACUCAAGCUCAACUUCAGCAAUGUGCACCUUUGACCUCAAUCUGCUUUCCAGACUGUGUUUUUCUUGAGAUGGAGGAUAUGUUUUGUUCAUCUGUAUACAAAUCAGGCUAUACUGGGGCAAGACACAGUGCUCAAGAAAACCUCAGCCGGGGUCAUGGACCGAUACAAGAGGAUAUGGAGGCUUUAAAAUCAGGAGGUGCUGCAGAGGGCUAUAAUAUAGUUGGUCAUCACAGCAAUCAAGGAUUUGGACAGUACUGCCAAGGACUUUGCCAAGGAAAUGGUGAUCUGCACUUAGACCAUGACUGUCUGAAGACUCAUGAGCUUCCUUCCACUGUCAAUACUGACCAGCUUGGCCUCAUCCAAUCCCAAACUCCCAUUAUGGGAUUGAAUUCAGCAGUUCAAGGGGAUAGCUUAGUCAACAAGAUGAUAGCAACUGUGGGAGUGGGUGGAAAUUCCAACAGUACUGGUGUAACCUCUCCUAUCUUCUGUUCCUCUCGACCCAAAAAACUGCUGAGGACCAGCUCAUUUCACUUGCUUAAACAGCGACGUGAGCCACAACCUCAAACAAAGAAAAACUAUGCGCAGGAGUAUGAAUUUGGGGACGACGAAGAUAAAGCUGACGUUCCAGCAGAUAUUUGCCUUAACAAUCGCCGGCUUCCUGACUUGUUGCCUGACUUGGUGUCUAGUUGUAGAAAACCUGGUGGGGUUUCUGGGAUAAGUGGACUAAGCCCACAAAUAGGUGACAUGGACUUUUGCCACCCCUCCAGCUACUCUUCUCUUGGACACGCUUCGCAACACCCCCCUAACGAUGGUCCUAAGAAAAGGGGCAGGAAACCAACUAAACCAAAACGUGAAGGACCUCCUCGGCCACGAGGUCGCCCACGUAUACGUCCUCUUCCAGAACCUCCUUACUGUAGGGGCCUGAUGGGAUCUGUGGCUGGAGAAAAUAGGAGGGGGCGUGGCCGAGGUCGAGCGCGAUGCAGACGGGAAGAAGGAAAAGUGCGCAUGCAUCGGGAUAUGAACAAAACUCAAAGCCUUUCAUAUAAUCACCAGCAACAGUACCAACAGCAACAGUACAGCCAACAGCAGCACCUCCAACAUCAUCAACAACAAGAUCACAGGCAGCAGGCAGACCUCCAUCAAGUACCCCACCAGCAGCCCCAACAACAUCACCACCAUCACCAGCAAGAACAUAUUUCCUGUCCCCACCCUCAACUGCAUCAUCAGCAACAACAGCAUACAUCUCACCAGUCGCAGCAAGAUCCGGUCAGAACUUUUAAGAUCAAACUGCACCUUGCCACUAUGUCUCCACCAGAGUCCUUGUUGAGGACAGACUCGCUAUCCAGCAGUAACCCUGUUCCCUCUGAGGGAUCGGUGGGGUCAGCACCAUCUCUGGGCUUGAGUCCUGGACCCAGUACCACUGUUGACUACAACAGAAAUGAGAUUGACGAGAAGGUCUUUGACUUCAAACCAAGCUUUAUGGCCUCUUUUCUGGAUUUUCUGAAGACAGGUAAAAAACAGCCAGACCUUGAACCAAGACAUGAUGGAGGCAACCAAGAAACCUGUUCCUCUAUGAGGGGAGGAAUUAAAUGCUUAUCCUCACCAUCUCCUCCCCUACCACCAACUUCUCCCCAGCAGCCUCCAGGACCGUUCAGCGAUGGCAGCCAGGGUGAAGGGCCAGACCUAGCCCUCAGUAGCUGCCAAAGUUCCUGCAAACCUCUGGAUGAUGAACUGAAAAGAAACCUGGGGACUCUCCCCUCUUUCUCCUCUGAUGAGGAGGAUUCAGUAAGUAAGAACCAGGACUUGCAGAAGAGCAUCUCAUCUGCAAUCUCUGCCCUCUAUGACACUCCACACUCACUGGCUGCUGCAGUGGCUUCUGCAGUAGUCAAAGUACAACCCAUGCUUUCUCCACCCACGCCACAGGAGCCGUCGCUCAGCCCGCCUCUCAAAACCAUGUCUCCCCUCAUUCCUAGUAUGGAGAGCAUAAAAGAUGGGGCACUUGCACACACUCAGCAUAACACACAAAAUAAACAAAACACACGUGAGGAACAAAAAAUGAUCUCGAUACUGUCGGACAUGGAGUGGGUAGGAUCUGAGCAUGGAAAAGAAGAAGAAAACAGCAAGAAGGAGGAGGAAGGCGAGGAGAUAGCAAACAAGGAAGAAAACAUGAGGCAUUCAUACAAUAUGUUGCAGGGAGCAGCGGGAAAGCAGGAGAAGGAGGAUACAGCGUCUGACACGCAGAUUAUGGAGGGCCCUAAAUUUAAAGGCCAUGAUGAUUUACCAUCAGGACGUGUGCCUGCUCCUGCACCUCCAUCACCAUUCAUCUCCUCCUCACCGCUCACAUACUCAUCACCAUCGCCUCUCCCUCCCCCGUCAAUCUCUGUACCUUCUCCACCACCAAUCCAACAGAAUGAGGAAGAAGUCAGUCUAAAUGAUCUUUCUUCUGAUCAGCAUAUGCAGCAAUCCUCCUACCAGCAGGCUCCAACUGCAGCCUCCUCCCACCCCCCGUCCACCUCCCCACCAGUCAUCCCAUCGUCACCCCUUUCCAACCUUCCCUUCGGCCAAUCGAUCCCCCCCCCAUCCACCACACCUCCCCCAUCAUCUUCUGAUCAGGACCAGGAACCUGAAGCUGGGUUGCCUUACUUCUUUUCCACUUUAUCCUCCUCACCCUCUUCAUUGUCCUCUCACCCACCAUCACCUCCAACGCCAGAGGAGGCCCCACAAUCCCAGCGUCUUACCUCCCUUCACCUGGCAAAGAAACAGGCUGAUGCUGCCAUCGCUGGGGAGAGUGAAGAAGAAGACAGUGAGAGUGGAGGUGAGGGAAUCUUUCGUGAGCGGGAUGAGUUUGUGGUGCGAACUGAGGACAUUGGGACUCUUAAGAUGGCCUUGCAGACAGGCCGAGAGCCUCCACCUAUCUGGAGGGUGCAAAAAGCUUUGCUCCAGAAAUUCAGCCCAGAGAUCAAAGAUGGUCAAAGGCAGUUCUGUGCAACAAGUAAUUAUUUGGGUUACUUUGGUGAUGCCAAAGUGUACUACCAGCGUUUAUAUGUGAAGUUCUUGGAGAAUGUCAACAAAAAAGAUUACGUCAGAGUGUGUUCACGAAAGCCAUGGCACAGAGCUGGCCUGAUUCUGAGACGCCAGCCUCUACCUAAACAGCUGCUGACCAUUCACAAUCAGAGCCAACCUCGAAUAGAUAGUCGACACAAGGAGAGAAGGAAUGAAAGAGAGCUAAUGGAGCAGAGAGAAAGAGAAAGAAGAGAGAGAGAAACCAGGAAAAAAGUAGAAACGGAACAUAAGGAAAGAGAAAGGAAAGAGGGGAGAGAUCGCAAAGAACAGCAAAAAGAAGAGAGGCAGAAGAAAGAAAAAGAUGGCAGAGAACAAAAUGAGAGGGGUCACAGAGAUGUGAAAAUGGAAUGGAAGAAGGAAAGUGAGAGUGAAAGAAGGGAAAAGGAGAAAAAAGAAAGGGAACUUAAAGAGAGGCAGCAAAGGAAAAAGGAACAAAGUGAGAAGGUAAAACAGGAUAGGGAGCAGAGGGAAAGGAUGAAACAAGAGAGAGAAUGGAAAGAAAAGGAAAGAUCACUGAGAGAACAAAGAGAUAGGGAUAGACAGGAGAGGGAAUGGGGAGAGAGGCACAGAGGCCAGAAGGACAGAGAGCAGAGGGAGAUGGAGACAGAUAGUGAGCAAAAAGAAAAGGAGAAAGCUCAGGAAAAAGAAAAAAAGAAGAACAUGGAGCAAGUCAACAGAGAUUAUACAAUGGCAUUAAAAGAAGAGAAGAACCGAGGAGACAUAAAAAUAGCAUUUCAGGGAAGAGCCAAUACUUCAAAGGACAAGGCUGAGCCUCCACCCAAGAAAAGGAAGAAAUGGUUGAAGGCGGUGCUGUCCUCUUCAUCUGAGUCUGACUACUUCUUACUCAGUGAUGACGAAGGGCCUGCGCGGGGUGGAGUAAACAGCCGAGCCAUGAGGGACAUGUUCAGGAGCUAUGUGGAGAUGUUGGUCAGCACAGCACUUGACCCUGAUAUGAUUCAAGCCCUAGAGGACACAGAUGGUGAGCACUCAGUUCAAACAACACUGUAGUCUUAAAUCAGAGAAAAGCAUUCUCCAAGAAAAGGGAGAAUGCUUUUCUAUCUAUCUAUCUAUCAUCAUACUUGACAUUUCUAGUACAACACUUAUAUUAAUAUAAUGCUGAAUGCAAGUAUGAUUCAAAAAGAAUAAUUAAUAUUUAACAUCACUUCUUGUAAUGAUGUUAAAA